AUGCUGAUUACGCUCUCUAGGAAGAGCUCCGAUAAAGGCCAAGCCCUACAGAAAACCAUCGAGGGCAUCCUACAAGAAGAGGCCAAAGUGAUCUGCAAAGGUCCACAGGAAGACGUCGAAAUCCGGGACCUUGAUGAUACUACAACCAGGGAGGACAUUCAAGCCGCCUUGCAUAUGGCAACCGGAGAAUCUUGCGAGGUAUCGCUAGAGGCAAUUAAGAUCCGUAAGGCCUACAGAGGUACUCAGACUGCCUCCAGCCAAGGAGUACCGCCGUGUGCUAGUGAAUAUAAUUCACUAGUACUGAAUCUCCAGUCCAGCCAAGGAGUACUGUCAGGUAUUCCGAAUACCUCCAGUCAACACACCGUCAGUUUUGCUUUAACUGGCAAAGCAAAACUUCCAGUUGCUAUAAAGGACUUUCAGAACAGGAUUGGACCUGUUGCUAGAACCCUCAGAUUUAACAAACCAAAUUACGACAUGGGAGACAACACGCCUAAACCCAGGAUAUCUUGGAUAUAUAACCUGACAAAAGCCAGACUAACAGAGGAGUUAGUGGCAAGAAACGUACCCGUAGAUGCGGGAUCAUCCCGAGAAGACUUGAGGAGACUUCUCAGGAUGACACUACUUAAUGAUGGCGCUGUGGAAAGCAGGGAACACAGUCGUCACGAGUCAAGUGAUUCCAGCCGAGCUAACAGUCCAGUUAGGAUCGUGAAUCAGACUCUGAAUCAGAAUACACCAGUGCAAAGCACAUCCAACGAUCAGACAUUCAUAGUCCCAGGAAGCCGAAGAACGAAACAGUCAGCUGAGCGGGUAAAAGAAAGAGCUGCAGCAAUAGCCAAAGCAGUUGAAGACGCAAGGAUACAAAGACUCGUGGAGGAAGAAGUUCAACGUUGCCUGAAUGAGCAAAGAUUACAACGCGAAGCCGAGCAAACACGUCUCAACGAGGAGAGACGGCGCGAAGCUGAGCAAAUGCGUCGUGAUGAGGAGAGACAACGUGAAGCUGAGCAAACACGUCUCAAUGAGGAGAGACGGCGCGAAGCUGAACGAGUUCGUCUCAAUGAGGAAAGACAACGCAAAGCCGAGCGAGAACGCGAAGCUGAGCGAGUACGUCUCAAUGAAGAAAGACAACAAGAAGCUGACCAGGAGAGACAACGCGAAGCCGAGCGAGAACGCGAAACUGAACAAGCACGCCUCGAUGAAGAAACCGAGCAAAGACGUCCUAACGAGGAAAUACAAAAUGAAGCUGAUCAAAUGCGUCUCAACGAGGAGAGACAGCGUGAAAGAGAACAGCGUCGUCUUCGUGACGAAAGACGUCACUUAGAAGAAGAAGUUCGACGAUGUCGACAAGCAGAGCAAGACUUGUUAAAUGAACAACGGAGAAUACGGGAGUUACGGGCAGAGUUGGAUAGAUUACAACAAAAUCAGAGUAAUAAUUCAACAACUGUCCGAACUUCACAAGAGGUCAACAUCAAGGAUCAAGUUAGGAAAUGGAAUGUCCAAUUUGAUGGCGAAAAAGACUUGCUAACAUUCUUGGAAAGAGUUGAAGAACUCUCAGAUAGUUACCAAGUUACCAAGGAUCAAUUAUUGGAAUGCAUCCCAGUCCUACUCAAAGAUAAUGCCCUCUUGUGGUAUAGGAAUAACAAGGCUAACUGGAGAACAUGGAAUGAAUUUGCGGACCAACUUAAGAAAUUCUACUUACCCACGGACAUACAUACAAGAUGGGAAGAAGAAAUAAAACACCGGACCCAAGGAGAAAAGGAGUCAGCCAGAGACUAUAUUACGGUCUUGCAAACAAUGAUGCGACGCUAUGGAAAAAUGAGCGAGUAUAAUCAAAUAGACAGAUUAUACUUCAACCUCCGUCCGGAAUACCAGCGCUAUAUAAGGCGAAGUGAGAUUCACAGCGUAGCAAAUCUUCUUAGUCUAGCCAGUGACUAUGAAAGAAUUGCUAUACUGGAAAAGAAUUAUAAACCGCCACCACCGCAGCCACAGUAUAGUUUAUUACCGCCAAAAGUAUACAAGGAAAAAGAAAAAGAAAAAGAAAAGGAUAAAAAGAAGAAAGAAGAAGUUACUUCGAUUAAUCAACCGUAUGUGCCAGAGGAAGUAUGCUGGAGAUGUGGAGAACGGGGACACAUCAGGCCAAAUUGUACCAACCCAUGGAAAAAGUUCUGUUCACGUUGUGGAAAAGAAGGCGUAUACUCCAGAGAUUGUACUUGUCCCAAGUCGGGAAACUUCAAAGGGGUCGGCAAGGGAACUGCACCUUCGAACCGACCCCCACAGGAACAGACGAGCAGUCAGGAAACAUCGAGACAGAACCAAAGGUCUCAGAAUAAUAAUGGAAUCCAACAAACUUAUUACCAAAAAGAGGAUGGACGGAUUUAUACGGAUGUAUAUAUCAAUCAAUAUGCUGUACCUGCUCUAAUAGAUACAGGGGCAACAAGGUCAUGCAUCAGUGAAGAGUCAUGGAAUCAAAUUAAAAACAUGGGAAUAAAAUUGGAUUCUCAGAAUCAAGACCAAGUAGCGACACAAGCAGAUGGAAGUCGACUACCAAUAAUUGGACAUGUCAAAGUUCGAGUUCGAAUUCUGGGAGAAUUAAAAAGAAUGUCGUUUCAGCGUCAUGCCAACAAUAGCCAAACCGAUGAUUAUAGGAAUAGACAUACUCAAGGACUUGAAGGUUAA